CCUGUUCGUUCCUAGCAGUGGUACUGUCCGCUGUAGAAGCACGCCUGCAGAUACGUUCACUGCGUCAACUGCUCUUCAAAGUAAACAUAACGAAUCAGCGAUGUUGCGAUUAUUAGUAUUAGUAAUACUAAGUUAUACUAUUAUUGGUAAACACCUUAUGGAAUCAAUCCAAAAGCCGUAGGUAUACUGCCGACAGAUGGCGUAACUAUUCAAUGAGAUAAAUAUGUCUGCGCCCAUCGUGUCCGGUAAUUCAAACAGUAAAGAAGAAAUGUAUAAAAGUCGGGGUAUAAAACGAGAUCGAGAGGAAGAUUUUGAAGAAAAAGACCCAGCUUUGGAUGAUCAAUGCCCCAAGUUGGACAGAAGUAGGAAUUGUCCUUACCUCGACACAAUUAACAGGAAUCUUCUGGACUUUGACUUUGAAAAGCUGUGCUCUGUCUCACUGUCCCAUCUAAACGUAUACGCCUGUCUUGUCUGUGGAAAGUACUUUCAAGGUCGGGGUCAGAAGUCUCACGCAUACACACACAGCGUGCAGAUCGGUCACCACGUGUUUAUUAAUCUCCACACACUGAGGUUCUACUGCCUCCCUGACAACUACGAAGUCAUCGAUUCAUCCCUAGAUGACAUCAAGUUUGUGUUGAACCCCACGUUCACGCUCACAAACAUCAAGCAACUUGACGACAACAGCAAACUGUCACGAGCUUACGACGGCACAACAUACUUGUCAGGUAUUGUUGGAAUGAACAACAUCAAAGCUAAUGACUACUGCAAUGUAAUUCUUCAGGCUCUCUCACACGUCACACCGCUUCGGGAUUACUUCUUACGAGAAGAAAACUACAAGAAUAUCAAGCGUCCUCCUGGUGACCACAUGAUUCUCCUCGUCCAAAGGUUUGGUGAAUUGCUCAGAAAGCUGUGGAAUCCACGAAACUUCAAGGCACAUGUGAGCCCACAUGAGAUGUUACAGGCAGUCGUGCUGUGCAGCAAGAAAACCUACCAGAUCACUGAGCAAGGUGAUCCGAUAGCCUUUCUUUCUUGGCUUCUUAAUUCACUACAUUCCACCCUCGGAGGGACAAAGAAGAAAAAUGGGAAGACCAUAUAUAACAGCCACAUUGGGAGAACAUUUCAAGGCUACAUGAAGAUAUAUUCGCGGAGGGUGUUGCCUGUCUAUAUAAACCAGGCAGAGAGGGAAGCUCUACUCGAAACAGAUGCUUACCGGGAGACGAUGACGGAGACACCCUUCCUUUAUCUGACGGCCGACCUUCCUCCGGCUCCCAUCUUCCAGGAUGAGAUGAAACAGAACAUUAUACCCCAGGUGCCGCUGUUCCAACUUCUGCAGAAGUUUAACGGCAGCCAGGAGAAAGAGUACAAGACAUCGAAGGAGUCCAUAGUAAAGCGAUUUGAGAUCACCAAACUGCCUCCCUACUUAAUCAUCUGCAUAAAGCGAUUCAACAAGAACUUGUUCUACGUCGAAAAGAACCCAACGAUUGUCAAUUUUCCUGUCAAGAACAUCGAUCUGGCAGACGUUCUCUCUAAGGAUGAGGAGGUCCAGAGGAAGCAUCCGCACACGUCGUACGAUCUCGUCGCAAACAUCGUUCAUGACAGCCUCGGCGGCAGCGACCAGGGAGAGAAGGGCACCUACAGAGUCCACAUCCUACACAAG